GCGCUGGCGGCCGGGGGCUGCCCCGGGGCCGCCGCGGCCGGCCCGUCGUCGUGGACGCGCUCCUUGGAGAGGGCGCUGGAGGAGGCGGCGGCCAGCGGCGCCCUCAGCCUGAGCGGCAGGAAGCUGCGCGACUAUCCGCGGGGCAGCGCCGCCAGCCACGACCUCAGCGACACCACCCAGGCCGAUCUAUCACGGAACAGACUCUCAGAGCUGCCUAUCGAAGCUUGUCUCUUUGUUUCCCUUGAGAGCCUUAAUUUGUACCAGAAUUGCAUUCGUUAUAUUCCAGAAACCAUUUUGAAUUUGCAGUCGUUAACUUUUCUGAAUAUCAGCCGGAAUCAGCUCUCAACAUUGCCAGUUCAUUUAUGCAGUCUCCCCUUGAAAGUUUUGAUAGCAAGCAAUAAUAAGUUGGUCUCCCUACCAGAAGAAAUUGGACAGCUCAGACAACUGAUGGAGCUUGAUGUAAGCUGUAAUGAAAUAGAGAGAAUUCCAUCACAGAUUGGUCAUUUGGAAUCUCUGCGGGACCUGAACCUCAGAAGAAAUCAUUUGGUACAUUUACCUGAAGAGCUUGCAGAGCUGCCUUUGAUUCGGUUAGAUUUCUCCUGCAAUAAAAUCACAACAAUCCCGCUUUGUUACCGGAACUUCAGGCACUUGCAGACAAUCACUCUAGACAAUAACCCGCUGCAGUCACCCCCUGCCCAGAUAUGCAUAAAAGGAAAAGUCCACAUAUUUAAAUAUCUAACUAUAGAAGCGUGCAAGGUGGUGCCGGAUCUUCCAGAUUAUGACAGGCGGCCGAUGGGGUUUGGUCCAUGCCAUGAGGAGAUGUACUCCAGCCGACCGUAUGGAGCACUGGAUUCUGGCUUCAACAGUGUGGACAGCGGAGACAAGAGGUGGUCAGGAAAUGAACCCACAGAUGAAUUUUCUGAUCUUCCUCUGCGGGUGGCUGAAAUCACAAGAGAGCAGAGACUGAGACGAGAGAGUCAGUACCAGGACCACAAAGGAAGCCCGGUUGUCACCAACGGUGGAGUGGAACAUGAUCUGGAUCAGAUCGACUUCAUUGACAGCUGUGUCACCGAAGAGGAGGAGGAAGAGGGCUCUCCAGUAAAAUCAGUGUCCAGGUCAGAAGAUGGGAGGAGAUACUUGCAUCACAGCAGAGAUGCAGAUGAACUGAAAAGACCCGAAAGUCUGAGCUUGAUGAAUGACAGAGAGCGACCACAAGUGCUAAAGAGCUUCUUAGACCGGGCAGAGAGAGGCUCCAGUGAAACUUCUAGCCAUCUUCCGCAGUCCAGCACCCAUAAUCAGGUCUCUCACGUGGAUGCUGAUCCACACAAGAGGCGUGAGCACUUGGUGGAGCGGACCCGGAGGGAAGCCCAGCUUGCUGCAUUACAGUACGAGGAGGAGAAGAAGAGGACAAAACAGAUACAAAGAGAAGCCGUUCUUGAUUUUGUCAAACAAAAGGCAUCCCAGAACCCUCAGAAGCAAAGCCAUUUGGAUAGUGAGUGUCCUUUUCCAUCCAGAAGGUCUCAGCACACUGAUGAUAGUGCCUUGCUGGUGAGCGACGAAAGGGCCACCAUCUCACCAAACGCACCUGCUUCUCAAACAGUUCACCUUUCUGCUCCUUACCCCGGACCUGGCGCCACCACUGUGCCUUCCUACAGAAAUCCUCCCCAGCGUCCUGACAGUUUCCUUUUCCGAAACGCUUCAAGGGAUGAGAUAAGCAAAGCCAUUCCAUCACUGCCUGUUUCUGCCUCAACUUCUGCUAAUAGCACUGAAGACCAUAGUGAAAACCAUAGUUCCAAGCUGCAGGAUGAAGAAACUGAGCUGAUAGAGCAACUGAGGAAAAACAUUGAAUCGCGACUGAAGGUGUCUCUGCCCAGUGACCUCGGAGCAGCGCUAACAGACGGUGUGGUGCUCUGUCAUCUCGCAAACUAUGUGCGGCCCCGUUCUGUUCCUAGUAUUCAUGUCCCCUCACCAGCUGUUCCCAAAUUAACGAUGGCCAAGUGCAGACGGAACGUGGAAAAUUUCCUGGAAGCUUGUCGGAAGAUUGGUGUACCUCAGGAGCGAUUAUGUUUGCCUCUGCAUAUUUUAGAAGAGAGAGGGUUGACGCGGGUGGCAGAGACUGUCCAGUCGCUUCUGGAAUGGGCACCCCCAAAACAGCAUCACCAGCAGCAGCAGCAGCAUUUGGCUGCUGCGUGACGUGGCCCCUGGCAACUUGCUGUUUUUUCUUGGCCAAGCUGAAGGAUGCCCGGACUUGACAGCAGUGCAGCGGUCCCGACACAGGCAGUGCUGUGUCCGAAGAAGGAGAUCUGUAUCCGGGAUUCCUGGCAGGGAAUAAUUUUGCUUCAUUUCUCCACUUUUUUUGGAGGUCACAAAAGUUUCCACUGAACUUUUUUUUAAAUUGUUCUUUGUAAAUUGAAUUUUGCUGGGACAGGAGGGUGGAACUGUGGGAGCAUUUUACUAGAUGUCGGCUUCCUUUCUAAGUAUGACACAGAAAAAAUUGGCAGGGUGGAUAGGGAAGGAAGGAUGGCCUUCCGACCCCCAAAAUAUACAUUUUAGAAACCUGUGAGAUUCCCGGUAUGGCUAAUUCAAAUGGGAAAGAAAAGCCUUUUAUGGAAUGCUCCCGUUUGACUGAGCAAGGCUGCACAUAAGAGGCAUCCUAUGAAUUGGACCUUGUGUAAACCCCGCUCAGCCAGCACUUCUGGAACACCACUAAUGAUUAGAUUAUUUUCUUUUUUCAACAGCACCCUCACUAGAUUUUUGUGCAGGAAUACUUUUUAACAGAGGCUCUCCCUCUGGCAUUCUUUGUCCCAGGCCAGCAUGAGAAAUUCAGCAUGACCUGGUUUGUCUAUAAAUUAAUUACUUGGAUUUCCAAAGAGAGAGAUUCCUGGUACGAAUUUAACUUUCAUUGUUGAAGCAAUCUACACCUCCUUUUUUCCUUUAGAAGCAAACAGGCAUCUGUUUCAAAAUCUGGCUAGCCGGAGAAGGGAGUGGAUUAUGGGAGCCAGUCAUGCCGUGCUCGCAUUGCAGAGAAAAAGGUUGCUCUUCAGUGGAUUUGAAAGAAAAGUGUUUAAGUAGGAUUUCCCCCCAUGCAGAUGGUUAAAUCCAGCUUUUCCAUUUUUUACACUCUGCCCACCCGAUCCAUCCCCCUCCCUACAUACUGUUCCCUUUGCAUGUUUUAAAAACGUGCCUUUAAGGGUACAAUUCCAUCCUUAAUGUGGCCUAAAAUAAUUCUAAGUAAAUCUCUUUUCAAAAUAUGCAGAUAAGGCUGAGAACAAUGUUCGUGCUUUUUAAAAGGAGUCCCGUUCACAAGCACAUGAAUGAGUUAGGGUCCUCUUUUAGGUCAUGUUGAAUCUGGCCUCGGUUCCUGAAGUCAUCCUAACCCUGUCCUGGGUUCCUGCUGCUAUGGCGAAUGCAGACUUAAGCAGUUGCUACGGUUUUUCUCAGGAGGCUGCUGAGUAGGUUUGUAAUGCAUGUCAUCCGAAUGCAUCCCAGGAGGGAAAUGAGUCCAGCCCCACUCCCAUCAACGGGACACCUCCGAGCGGAGCCAGUUGUGGGGAUGGAGUUGGUGCACUGAAGACGGUUGCCCCCGUGACCAAGAAGGGACGAGGCAGGCUCAGCAGUCAGCGUGCUGGCCUGUGCAGGCAGCCUGGUUAUCGCUCAGGGAAGCAGGGCGCACCCCAAGCCCACCCCGUAGAGGAUGUGGCAGCUCCUUUGGAGCAAAGACACUUUUGGCUGGCCAUAGCGCGCAAACGUGGUGCCUUCUUCAAGUUCCCAGGUAAAGCACUGCUCUUAAGAGCAAUUCUUGAGGAGUUAAACGCCAUUUGCAAAAGAAAUGGGGAGAAUUAGAUGCAUUCUCGGGCUGUCAGGUGUUUGUAAAACACCAGGACAUGCUGUGAUUUCAUGAUAGAUGGUGAGAGGAAGAAGGCAAGAGAAUAGGUUAGCUGGAAAUUGCGGGCAACAGUUUGAGGAAUCUAGAAACAGAAGCCCAGACUCAUCUGUGCUUUUUCUUCUUGGGGGGCAUUAGCCCUAUUGAAAGAAAGCACAAAUGAUAGUUUCUUCUUGCCAUUUUUCUUAGUUUCAGUGGGCUUUGGAGGAGAGAUGUUUCCAGGGCAUCUGGUUCAAUUUCCCUUCCUGCUAUCCUGCAAUUUGCUUAAUUUUAAUUUCGAUUCUCUUUUUAAUUUGCCUUGUUAGGUACCUGUAUGAAAGUAGGCCGCUUAAUCCUUAUAUUUGUGACACGUUUGCCCUCAGUGCUGUUCUAAAACAUGAAGAAUAUUUUAAGCAAAACAGUAGCAUGGGGUGGACACAACUGUUCUCUUUCAGCGAGGCCGCCCGGUGGCCUGGAAGCCCUCCGCAGACAUGCCGCAGGAUUGCCUGCCUCAUUGUGAGUGCUUGUCUGGUGUUUUGGUGUGUGGUUUUUCAAAGAAGAGUUUCUUGGAGGAUGCCAUCAGGUGCGGUAGAAGCACUGGAAUCCCUCGCCUUUUCCCUUUGGUGCAGGAGUUGGAAGCCCUUACAGACCUUUGAUUCAGACAACGAAAUGCAACCCUUCCACAGCUUUUUGGGUGUCUUUCUUCUGAAUUCCCAUGCUGUAGAUAUUUAGUCCCGUACUUCCCCGCCCAAUUUGCACCCUGCUGGACCUCAGCAACCCACACAAAUACAUAUCUGAGAUGCUGUGAUAUUUACACUCGCAAGUUCUUUUCAAAAUGAAGGGAAGCAAACUUAGAGUAACAAGAUUGGUGGGCAUUUCAUGAAGGGUUAGCGUUCCGACCCCACUCUCCUGCACUUUUUAAUGUACAUGAAACGGUUUUGGAGCUUCAGCAACCCAAAUAUUGCACAUUUGAUACCAUUAAAACGAUCUGCUCCUAUCUGGAGACAGCCCUUUGCCUGGACCACUUAGCCUACACGUUUUGUUGGGCUGGAAGAAAGGUGCGGCAUGCAACCCCGUGGUGCAGAGCAGCCGUGCCAGAAGCUUCAGGCAGCAGAAGCUGGACCCUGUGCUUGCCAAGAGGAGAAGAACACGUGCACCGCUCCAUUCCUACACACGUGGGAGCUCACAGCAGCCCCUCUGCUGGGCCCAGAAGGCAGCAUGCUCUGUAAGAGGGAUUUAGAAGGAACGUGGACUCACAGCAGUGCCCUGGAUUUAACUGACAGGAAAGAAAAAGCACACUCUGGGGGUAAUGUCUCUCACACAAGCCAGUGCCCAGGCACGAGACAGGUGUGCAUCUUUUUAAGUGCUCGGUUUUAUGCAGCUGUGUCAGUUUGAUUCUUCACUUCUACGGUUUUAUAACAGAAGCUCCACCUUAAACGGAUGUUAACAUCCCAAAAGCAAUACUCAACCUGCGGUUUAAUUUUAAAGUAUUGUACCAAAAAGAAGGAAAGACCACUUGAGCUUUCUGUUGCAAGUUUUAAAUGGCUUGGGAAUUUUUGUGUUAUGUUAUAUUUAUGUGCAAUUUUUUCUGUAUUUAGUGAAAAGUUUUUAAAGAAAAAUGUAUACAGUUUUAUUUUGUGUGUUGAAGCAACAAUAGAUGAUUGUCCUUCUGGAGAAUAUCAGUAGGAUGGGCCCACAUUCUGGACAGAGCCCUUGCUGUUAAGACCUAUAGUAAUCCUUCCAUUUUAUUAUCCCUUCCCAAGCAGUAUCAAGCAACUGUGAAUAUUUUGAGAAUCAAGCAAUGUUAAACCUGGUAGUUUUUCAUUCCAGAAUGAAUUCCAGACACUUUCAGUUCCAUCUUCAAUCAAACCAUGCACUUAUGGCUCCUCCAAUAAAGACUUGUCUGUCUGUCUGUAUAGUUCAGUCCCCAUUUCUUCCACCAGUGCCCAGAGGAUAUCUUGAUAAGCCUGAAAACUUCCUGUGUGUUUAUCAGCCUGAUUUUUGGGGAACAAUAAAAAUGGCCCACCAUCUGCUCUGUGGUGUGCGUGGCCCUUUGAUCUUGUGUGGCAGGAUUCAAGAGAAAGCAGGUUGCCUAGAAUGACCCCUAACCUGCUGAUUCCUGCAGCGACCCCACCCUAGGCAAGCAAGAUCCCCCCAGCUUCUCUGGGGAGUGCCAGCCACAGACCUGUCAUCGUCCGGCUACCCGAUUCCAGGGAUCCCUCCACAUGCAGCUAAGACAGUGUGGAACAAACCCUGUGGAAGCAGACACACUGCUCUGGCUUCGGGGGCUCUGAGCCGGUCCACGUCCUUGCCGGAUCAGACACGUCACUUCCUCAUGUCCCAAGAUGUAUUUAAACAGUUACCAGGAAGUUAGUAGCUCCUCCUCCUCCUCCUCCGCUGAAUGGAUGGAGAGUACUCGCCUCUCUUUUUGUUGUCUGCUGAAGCUCAUUAAUGGCACCCGAGGACAGUGAUGUUGACCUCCCCCUCAAAUAAGGUGUCGGGGACCUGCUUCUGACCAAGUACCUGCUGCAAAACAUUUAAAGAACCUUUCCGCUGCCAUUCAGGAAAGGCUGGUGCUAUUACGCCUUGGAAUGGUUCUUUUAAAAGUUUUGCUUUAGAAGCAGUAGGAUUUCCUCAGUUACUGUGGGUGGUUUAAAAAAAAAUGUUUUGCAGAGGUUUUGAAAACCCUUGUUGUCCGGGCACACCAGCUCAGAUAUCCCUUUUCCCUUGGGCUGGCACUUGGCAGAAUGCCCAGAGAAUGAAGACUUCACUCUUGUUGUUUCUGCAGACUGUAAACGUGUAAUUAGUAGUAUAGCUAAAGGAAUUUUAAAAGUUCUUUCCUGCAUUUGUAUGUCUGUAAAUACAUUCCGUAGUUUUCAAAAACUAUCAAGUAUAAACAUAAUAUCAUGUACUUUAUUUUAAAUUGCCCGUAUGCUACCAGUCAGUUUCUAGUGCACAUGAUAUUAUAAACUCCAAACCUGGGUGAUUUGAAAUAAAAGCUAAAGCUUUAAAACCUG